AUUAAAUCUGAUAUGUAAAAUAGGCAGUGUCAUGGUCACUUAUCUGUAGUCAGCUGUUUUUCUGAAGUUUCCGGUUGUUAUCAAGCAGUGAAUGUAAAGUGUAAAGUCAUAAGCAUAAGGUGUUCAAGAAACGAACACGUAAUAGCCGAUAGGAAAUAAAUUUUCAUAAUAUUUCUGAUUUUCUGCCAUUGCCACAGAAAAACAAACCGUGAAAAUGAAGAAAGUAGUGAUUUUUGGAGCUACGGGAAAUACCGGCUUAUGCGCUUUGGAGCACGCAGUUGGAAAAGGCUUGGACGUGAGAGUUUUUGUCAGGGAUGAGGCAAAAAUCCCAGAAAAUUUGAAAGCAAAAGUGGAGUCAAUUGUGGGGGACGUUACAAAUCCGGAAGAAGUUGCAAAAGCAAUUGCAGGCAGAGAAGGAGUUGUAGUUGUCCUUGGCACUCGCAAUGAUUUGAAACCAACGACUGUUCUUUCUGAGGGAAUGAAAAAUAUUGUGCACGCUAUGAAAAAACACAAUGUCGAAUUGGUUUCAGUCUGUCUAUCUGCCUUUCUUUUUUAUAAACCCGGAACCGUUCCUGCAAUUUUCAAAGAUUUGAAUGAAGAUCAUCAGAGGCAAUUGGAUAUUGUGAAGGAAAGUGGAUUAAAAUGGGUCGCUAUUUUGCCUCCUCACAUUGCAGAUUCUCCAAGUUCAAACUACACAAUAAAGUAUGACGAGUCCCCUGGUCGUGCCAUUUCCAAAUACGAUUUGGGGGCCUUCUUAGUCGACAGUCUCGACCAACCAGAAAAUUAUCAAAAAGUUUGUGGUAUUGCUACCACCCCAUAAUUUUUUUUCUCGGUAAAAAAUGGAAAUAAAUUAUUAGCAUAAGCCACAUUUUUAAUAAUUAUCAUAAAUGUUUGC